AGAACCAUGUGUCACUAUAUCGAGGUAUUUACUUUUAACUCCUCACACAUCCUUUGGUGACUGAGACGAUCCACAGACACUUACCAACAGCAAACCUUUUGGGAGCAAGACAUUCGUUUGUUUGUUUCUUUUUUCAGUUUUCUCAAAUAUAAAAAAUAUGAUGCGAAUUCAGCAAGUCCGGGCUACGGUUGGAAAGGCCUCAUCGGCAAAAUGCCUCGGAAAUGCCCUCAUGAAGCGCUAUUCUUCGUCAAGCUCUGGUGUGAAAGAAAUGACUGUCCGUGACGCUUUGAACAGUGCUAUGGAAGAGGAAAUGAGACGUGAUGAACGCGUCUUUUUAAUGGGUGAAGAAGUCGGUCAAUAUAAUGGUGCUUAUAAGGUUUCUCGUGGAUUACUUGAUAAGUUUGGUCCCAAGCGUGUCAUUGAUACUCCUAUUACGGAAAUGGGUUUCACUGGUUUGGCUACGGGUGCUGCAUUUGCCGGCUUGCGUCCUAUUUGUGAAUUUAUGACCUUCAAUUUCUCCAUGCAAGCUAUUGAUCAUAUUGUCAACUCUGCUGCUAGAACCAAUUACAUGUCUGGUGGUAAGCAAGCUUGUCCUAUUGUUUUCCGUGGUCCUAAUGGUCCCGCUGCUGCUGUCGCUGCCCAACAUUCUCAACAUUUUGGUCCUUGGUACGGUUCAAUUCCUGGUCUCAAGGUUAUUUCUCCUUAUAGUGCCGAAGACGCUCGUGGUAUGUUGAAGGCCGCCAUUCGUGACCCCAACCCUGUUGUGGUUCUUGAAAACGAACUUCUUUACGGUAAGAGCUUCCCUAUUUCCGAAGAAGCUUUGAGCGAGGACUUCCUCAUCCCUUUUGGUCUCGGUAAGGUUGAACGCCCUGGUAAAGACAUUACUAUUGUCGGUGAAUCUAUUUCUGUCUCAACUGCCCUUGAAGCAGCUGAUAUCUUGAAGGAAAAGCAUGGUGUUGAAGCCGAAGUUAUCAACUUGCGUAGCAUUCGCCCUAUUGACAUGGACAUAAUUGUUGAGAGUGCCAAGAAGACCAACCGUGUUGUUACCGUUGACCAGGCCUACAGCCAACAUGGUCUUGGUAGUGAAAUUGCUGCCCAGCUCAUGGAAUCCUCAGCCUUUGACUAUUUGGAUUCUCCCGUCGAACGUGUGACUAUGGCUGAUGUUCCUAUGCCUUACAGUACACCUAUUGAAGCUGCAACUCUCCCCAAUGCAGACGUUCUUGUCGCCGCCGCCGAAAAAUCUUUAUAUAUUAAGAAGUAAAUAAUGUAGCGUUCUUUUUUCCCUUCUGGUUAUCUUGUGGUUAUGUCUUAACCCGUUCUUGGUUUUCCUUAGCUAUAUUGCACAACUCUUCAUCACGUUAGGAAGACAGAGAAAAUUCUUUUUAAUGAUUUUUCAUCUACUUGCUGUUUUUCCAAUGCUUAAUAUGUUGAUUUCGUUUUUUAGCCUACAUGUCUCCUCGUGGCUGAUGCAGUUGCAAUGAUUUGGGAAUAUGUGGGUGCUUCCUCUUCAGUCCUUUACCCUUUCCCUUAUUUCCUACAUUUUAAUCUAAGUGUAUGUAUAUAUGUAUAUUUAUAUAUGU